GCACACAAUUCAUGAUUAACUGUGUUUGUCAUCCAUACUAACCAUUGAAUGAUUAGUCAAUUAUAUGGACUAAACAUGAAUUGCUUUGAAUUGAGUGCAUAAGUGAGACAAUGAUUGCAAUUACAGUUAGAGUAUUAGUGUUAGUGUUAGCGUAUAAUCAAUGAUAAAGUGAUUGUUUAGUAAACAAUGGAUUAAAGGCGCGUUAAUUGGGAUUGAAAUGCAUUUGUUUUCAUAGCAUUUGUUUUCAUAGCAUUUCAUUGAUGUGUAAAUAAAACUCACAAAUAAUGGCUUUCGUGAAGAAGAGACGGAUCGAUGCGACAGAUAAUCGAUACAAUCAUUUGAAUGUUACAAUCAAUAAGAGAGGCCACGAAUCAGUUGCCCGAAGAUGUAAACGACAACUCAUUUUCACGCAAAUCAAGAGUAAAGAUAACAGUAAUGGGAUCAAAGACUUUAAGCUCUUAUCUGAUCCCAAAUGGGUGGAGAGGUUCAUAAGUGGCGAAAUUGAUUCAUCGUAUUAUGCUUCAGACAACUCGCAAAAUGUAGUCGACUUUAUGUCCUCGAGAUCUAUUGAUAACAAAGGCCUUCAAAAGGCCGCACAACUGCCACAAGAGUUCGGAACCAGACAUCUGUUGGCCAAUAAACUCCUUCGCGAAAAGCACUUCCCAUUUGAAUCAUUCAAUAAAGUGUUUUCCUCGCAAUGGCUGAACGAUCAACAGGUCGUCUUCGGCACGAAAUGCAAUAAAUUGGUAGUGUUGGAUGUCCUCAAAAAUAAGACACAUCUGAUCCCAACUCUGAAGAGUUCCCCGAAUAGAAGUUUUCCCGACAAUCCGUGUGGUAUUCACGCCAUCGAAAUAAAUCCGUCGCGAACUCUGUUGGCCACCGGCGGGCAUAACCCCAAAGAUGUGGCCGUUUAUCGGUUGCCAACUUUGGAUCCCUUAUAUGUCGGAGAAAGGGCUCACGACGACUGGAUAUUUGACAUGAAGUGGUUGGACGACCAGUUUCUGGUGUCGGGUUCACGCGAUUCAAGUCUAGCCCUCUGGAGGUUUGAGGACAACCCGCAAGAGAAGCGGCAAAUGAGUGCCUCAAUGGUUCCCGAGUACUUCCACACCAAACCAUUACUCGUUAAAGAGUGUCGAACCGCGGAGAAGAUCAGAGCCGUUCUCUACAACCAGAAGUCGGAGGAAGUGGCCAUUCUGUCCCUCAACGCUCACAUCCAUUUGUUUGAUUCUCAAACCCUUAACCAAAAGUUUUCUAAGCCUUUGCCCUUUUGUCUCGAAAACGUGUGUCUUUCACAACAAAGUGAUCGCAAUAUCUAUGCCGUGGGCUCUAAAUCUCACGUCACUAUUCUGGACACAAACACAUUGAACUCCAUUCAUAAGGUCUCGUCCAACAGUCAGGUCCGGUCUCUGAGCUUUUGCAACGAAUUGUUGACUAUAGGAACGGGCGAUGGAUUGGUUAUGUUCUUUGAUAUCAGAGCCAUGAAGUAUCUGGAAUCUGAUGGACGACAGUCUAUCCUUAAGACUAGCAAAGGAUGUUUUUACCCGGAAGAGAUAUUCAAUGAUCUGUACCUCCAAUACGAGUAUUCGCCCGCUAUUUAUACCCAUCAGUACGACUCAUCGAAAACACGACUUUUCACUGCUGGCGGACCCCUUCCAGCGGUUUAUAACUAUUAUCACCUCUUCUCAAAUGCAAACCAUUACCACAAAAGUCAAGUCUUAAGACUGAUGUCAACAAAAGUGAAAUUCAUGGCCAAUAUUGAGGAAGAGGUGCAAAACCAGUUUGAAGAAGGACUCAAAUAUAGAGGACAUUGCGGCCGAAGAAGUGUCACCACUGUAUCGCUUCCCAGUAAACUAGAGUUGGCUGCAAACCGGGUUAUUAACAAAUACAACGGAAAAGCAUUCAAAGAAGAUGUGAGAGAUAUGUUUGAGAGAGUCUUCGACCACCAAUUGCCGGCUGAGCCUCAGGAGGUCCUCCACAAGACACAAGAGAUCAGAGAUAGAAUCGCCGCCAAGGAUAAAAUUGAUUUAAAAAGUCUGAGUAUUGAGGAAAGGGAUGAAGUGAUAGCCAAAAGACAGCGAAAAUUAGAGCGAAGUCUUAAGGAUGCGCUCCUCAAUCACCAGCCAAUUGAAUAUAAUGACUAUUCAUCGGUGGUGUAUAUGACGGCUAGACUUCCACCCAAUUAUGCCGCACUUCACUCUAUUUUCAAUGAGAUCAGAAAAGAUUUGCCAGAUUUCAGUCCCCGAACCUUAUUUGACUUCGGGUCAGGUGUGGGCACAACCAUAUGGGCUGCCAAUCAGGUGUGGCUCAAAGGCUUCGAUGAAUACUUUUGUGUCGAUAUUUGCUCCGAAAUGAACGAACUCUCGAGACUUCUUCUACAAGGAGGCGAAGAACAUAAGAAAAUGCUUUACGACCCCGUCUUCUAUCGCCAAUAUUUACCCGUUUCUCAUACCAUUCAAUACGAUUUAGUGGUUUCGGCGUUUUCAUUGCUAGACAUACCAGACGCUAAGAAUAGGAUUCAUGUGAUUGAAAAUCUUUGGCAUAAAACUCAAGAUGUGUUAGUGGUUGCAGAACACGGCAGUCGCGCCGGCUUUGCAGCUGUACUCGAGGCCCGCAAUCUUAUAUUGCAAUUGUCUGGACAUAACGUUACGGCUCACUUCGUGCACAAUCCAAAUAAUACACAUCUCUCUACUGUUCAACACACAACCGAUGCUACAAUCGUGGCCCCGUGCCCGCAUGACUUGACGUGUCCGCGACAGUCAUCCAAAGGUCCCGUUCUCUGCAAUUUCGAAGUCACUUACAAUCCGUUGCGAUUCGGACAACAGAACGCUGUCGUCGGGAAAGAGAGAUAUUCUUAUGUAGUGUUUCGAAAGGGAAAACAGCAGCAGCCAGAGCUGAAGGGUUGGCCGCGAAUUGUUCAGCCCGUCCUCACUAGUCGUCGGAAAGCCAUUUGUCGGUUCUGUUGCAGUGAUGGACAACUCAAAGAAGUUAUAAUUACGCCUUCAAAUCACGACAGGCAUACCUACCGGUGCGCCAGAACGAGUCGAUGGGGCGACAGAUUUCCCGCACAAAUAGUUGAAAGGCCGCCAAAUGAAGACACCGUAGAAUAGGGACUCCAAUACGUGUCGAAACACAGACAACAACGGAUCAAAUUAAUUGCUGAACAUUUAGUUGACCACAAAUAUGACAUUGUCUUCCUCCAAGAAAUUUGGAUUCAAUCGGACUUUGAUUACAUCCGAAAGGCCACAGAAUCUGAGUUCAAAUUUUCGCAUUUCUUUAAAAACGGAAGUGUUUUAGGAAAUAGUGGUUUGGCAGUUUUGGUCAAAUGGGUGCCCAAAGCCUUUCAUUUUCACCCGUUUUCAGUGAACGGAUCGCCAUUCCGUGUAACUCACGGCGAUUGGUAUACCUCUAAAGGUGUUGGAUAUAUUCGUGUAGAACUGGAUUCAUUGAAUCUUCACUUAUUCUGCACUCAUAUGCACGCGCAGUACAACCUGAGUGAACGUCUUAAUGAUCAAUAUUCAGUUCAUCGGAUCUGUCAGUCGUACGAAAUGUCCAAAUUUAUUAAACUUAUGACGAAUUAUCGAUCAAAUAAUUGCAAAGAUCUUGUAGUUCUUGCUGGAGAUCUAAAUGCCUCGUCUAAGGAACUGCCCUUUCAAUUGCUCGUUGGUUUAACAGAACUCAAUGAUUGCUUCAAAUACAGAACAAAAGACAUUACACCAAAUGAUGACAUAGGAGAGGGUGAUUGUGCCCCAAAUCAUAACCAUUUAUCCCAUGAAUGUAGUGAUUCUGAAACUGAUGACGAAUACCAUACGUGUGGACAUCGAGACAACAAGUUUACUGAAGACAGUUCAGGCAAACGCAUUGAUUUCAUUUUAUAUCGAUAUUCAGAUCAAAUGAAUAAUAGAAAUAAUGAGAUAAUUGCCGAGACGUACACGGAAUCGCUUGAAGACAGCUUAUGUGGUGUCGAAUACAUAAGUCUUCGCUGCAAAGACCAGACGGGACUCCCGUUUAGUGAUCACCAGCCGGUUGUCGCGCAGUUUAAAAUCAAAUCACCCGAAAUAGUGAAGACUUUUCCAGGUUUUCAGUCACCACUAAACCACUCAUUAGACAGUCCAUCAACUUUUGGCGACAAUUGUUUGAGUGGAGGUAACAAAGAAGCAAAUAAUGUGUCAAACGGUUGCGGUUCUACUCAUUAUAGGAAAGUGCAUGAAAAGAGGGGUUCGGGAGAAACGGGAGGUGAAGGCAAUGAUUCCAAUGAUAUGAAUAAGGAAUCGACUAAAUCAGACAGAAUGGGCUUAUUAUCGGGUAAACCAAAGCUUAAGUCUAAUGUUUUACUAGAAUUGGCGGACACGGCAUCAAAAUUCUCUAAGUGUGGUCCUCUUCAGCUCAAACACAUCGCUUCCAAUGCCAUCAAAUCGCGACUCCAACGAAGCUCUAGUACUAACCGCCAAACACUCGAUAGUGUCAAAAGUCUGCUCGAAGAAUAUGUCGCCGAAAAUCAAAUGAGUUUUAAAUACUUUGUAUUCACUUCUCUGUUCCUCUUCGUUAUAAUAAGUUUGAUUUCGUCAACCCUUUGGGUGUUUAUUCAGUUACCUGUCAUUGAAGUACUAUUUGUGAUGAUAUUAUUGACAAUUACACCCAUUUUGGCAAAUCUUCUCAAAUUUUUAGCCUCUCGUCAAGAGAUUAAUGCCAUAAAAGCCAUUGUCAAUGAUAUCGAGAAAGAGAUAUUUUUGUACCAAUAAUUGACAUUUAAUUCAAAUAAAAUCUAUUUUUAAUCUAAUUUAUACCCA